AUGGUCAAAGCAGUCAUUCGUAAUGUCACUGUAGACUUUACAUGUACCGCGUUGGUUCUUGGCUUGGGACAAGAGGGCAGCUCUCCGCGCGUCCUUUUUGGCGGUGAAGAGCCAAAGCAAGGAUGCCGAUCUGAGAUUACAGGGGACAGCAUGAUUAUGGUGCGACCAUGA